CUUGCUGUGAGAACCUGCUACUGCUUUUCCAUCGAGACAGCAGUUGUAGCGCGCGAGAAGUCUAGCUCAGCGAGAGAUUGAGGCGCUCUGUCUUUCUUUGAAAUACGACUGUUGAACGAAAUUAGACUAUUUCCAUGUCAAAAACGACAUGCUACCUUUUAAUUUGAUUAGAUAACAGGAACGACUGUGCAAGUGAAAGUUAAUGGACUCACUGUGAUAACCUUUGAGGCUUGAACCACACGUGGAACAGUCGCCAAACAAGAAGUGAGGAGACCUGACAACCUCCUCUCCACCCUACCCUCGCUCUCUGCGACUCUCCCCCCUCCCCCAAGAUGAGUGCCAAGUCAGCCAUCAACAAGGAGGUGUUCACACCCCACGAUGAGAAGAUGCUUGCAGCCGUGCAGGUGAAGAGGAGGACCAAGAAGAAGAUCCCCUUCCUGGCUACUGGAGGACAGGGAGACUACAUGACCUUCAUCUGCCUCUCAGUGACAAAUAAGAAGCCUUCCCAUGUGUCCAUCACCAAGGUGAAGCAGUUCCCAGGCUCAUCGUCCUUCGCCAAGAGGUCAAUGUGGAGCAUUGACCAGCUGAAACAGGUCAACGGCUGUGACCCCAACAGAGACUGUCCAGAGUUUGACUUGGCGUUUGACAAUGCCUUUGACCAGUGGGUGGCUGGCUCGGCCGGCGAGAAGUGCACCUUUAUCCAGAUCCUCCACCACACCUGCCAGCGCUACAGCUCUCAGAGCAAACCCGAAUUUGUCAACUGUCAGUCCAAACUGCUGGGAGACGAUGAAACUGUAGAUUCAGUCGUUUUCCGUUGCAAGGUCUUUUUGAACAGAAUGAGGAAAGAAGUUGUUUUAAACAGUCGACGCCAAGGUCGACGGCUACUCUUAGAAGGUAACAGUAUACUCCACUCUGCAGCAGACAGUGUGACCAGUGCUGUACAGAAGGCCAGCCAGGCUCUGAACGAGCGAGGGGAGCGGUUAGGCCGGGCGGAGGAGAAAACGGGGGAGAUGAAGAACAGUGCCGAGCAGUUCUCAGUCACCGCACACAAGCUGGCCAUGAAGCACAAGUGUUAAACCAUUGCUAAGCCUUCGGGGGUAGGGGUCCGCCAAGAGCACCAGACGCCAUACAGGACGGAUUUCAGAUUUCAUUAUUCUUACAACUUUUAAUAUGAUUACUCUUGUUAACAACGGUAACAUUUACAUUUUGUUUUGUUGUGUAGCUACCUUGUUUCUAAUGAAGAAGAUAUGAUGACAAGGAGGGGGGAGAAAGAGAGGGGGGAGAGCUCAGACAGUUAAGAGCUAAAGUUUCACAGCUAACUCCUCUUUCACUGCCUCCAUUGCCCCCAAAGUGCUCCAUGACUUUACCAUGGCAAACCAUGGAAAUGACUGACCACCAUGGUCACUGACAUCCCCACCCUGACACACACACACACACACACACACACACACUGUCCACAUCUCCCCCCAAAAGGAGCAACUCUUCAACUCCGCUGUCUCUCUCAAAGAAGUGACUUUAUAUAUACAGUGCUAGAAGAGGAGAAUUUAACAAGACAGAAGAGAUUGGAUGACAUGAUGGCUAUUUCCUGUACUUGGAGACAGCAAUGUACAUCCCUGUAUGUGAACAUUAACUUGUCAAAAGAUAUUAGUUCUCUUUUGCCAUUUGACUAUUUGGCAUCAUACUGUUGGAAAGGCUCAUUGGUGCAUUCAUUUUACAUUUACAUUUUAGUCAUUUAGCAGACGCUCUUAUCCAGAGCGACUUACAGUUAGUGAGUACAUA